AAGUAAUCUCAAAUUUAGGUACUUUUAUUUUGAAGGUUUCCGGUGGUUCCUGUGGUGCAGCUGUCUGCAGGAAAUUUCCGGUCUGUUGUCAGUCGGCAGCGAAGCCAUGCCGAGCCUAAAGCUGAUAUCUGCCACUGACACGCAGUAUUCAGCAGCUGUCCUCAAGUCUCUGAACGAGCAGCGGAGCAAUGGCUUGUUUUGUGACAUCACCAUCAUCAUACAGGACAAGAAAUUCAGAGCGCACAAAACAAUCCUGUCAGCCUCCAGCACAUACUUUCACCAGCUUUUUGCAGUCGCCGGUCAAGUCAUCGAGCUCAACUUCAUCCGGCCAGAAAUCUUUGAGCACAUCCUCAACUACAUCUACAGCUCCAGGAUCAUCCGCGUCCGCUCCGACAUGCUGGAGGAACUCAUCCGCGCCGGAAAGAUCCUGGGAGUGAAGUUUAUUGCGAACUUGCAUUCGCCGCUGUCACAAGUGAAAGGUCUGUCAGGUUUGUCCCAGGAGACGGGAAGCAAGAGCGACGCCUCUACGGAGACAAUGCCGGUCAUCACAGAGUCCUUCUCCAUUUCCGCAGAGGAAUUCAAUCAGACGAAGAAACCCGGGGGAAACGAGGAGGAGGGCGAUGAUGUAGUGUUUGUCUCCUGCACCGAUGCUCAAACCAGAGCGGCGAGUCUCAAGGCCAACCCUUCUGACAUCAUCGAUUUGGAAAAAGUGGAAUCGGAAAAUGUUGAAUCCAAACAAAGCGAAGAUUCGAAUCAUGUUGCGGCGGAUGCAGGGAAAGCAGCCGCCACGCCGAAAACUAACGGCGCAAAGUGUCAGGUGAACAGUUCGGACUGCAGCUCCAGUAACUCCCCGGCGACGCACGCCCAACCAAGCAGCCUCACACCGGGGCCGACCAGUGAAAGCACCGACAUGUUGGGAGUCCACAAGAAGCAAGUCGCCGCUUCAUCCCAGGACGGCGAUCCCAAAAUACGGCUUCUGGAUGUUUCCGGAGUCUCUGCGAGCAGCGCCAAGGGAACUAUAGAGGCGAAACAGACGGUGACCCUCAACACCGGCACGGAAAUCGAUUCGCUUUCAUCCGGAUGUAAAGUUUACGCCAACAUCGGAGAGGACACAUACGACAUCGUCCAAAUGAAAGAAGACCCAGGAGAAGGAGGAUCAAAACCCAACAAAGGGAAAAGAGCUUUAAUGGCGACGCCCAAAAAGGCCUUCGACCAGACGCCGCUGUCACCAACACUCAGUCCGAACAGGAAGAAGAACAAAAUGGAGCUGGACGAUCACUACGAGCUGAUCAUGGAUGGGAAGACUUUCUACGUUUGUGCCGUGUGCAAGCGCCCGUAUGUGUGCAUCACGAGUCUGCGGCGUCACUUCAACACCCACUCGUGGGAGAAGAAGUACCCGUGUCGCUUCUGCAACAAGGUGUUCGCCCUGGCGGAGUACAGAACUAAACACGAAGUGUGCCACACGGGCGAGAGGCGGUACCAGUGCCUGCUGUGCAACGACAUGUUCCAGAACUACCAGGUUCUGUCCCACCACUGCAAGCAAGUCCACAAUCAGGACCCGAGCGGCAGGAAGCAGAAAGACGACGGCGACAACAACCUGUACCGCCUGCUGCCGUGUAGGUCGAAGAAGAAGUCGUACGUGACCGACCUGCCGGGAACGCCACUCAUAUCGGAGGACGGCAGCAUGCAGGAGAUGAGCCCCGCCGAAAUGGAGGCCAUGCACUCUUCGGCGCAGAGCGGGAUGUACUGGGACGACCUGUUCACCGAGCCGGGUGCUCACAUGCAGCCAGACUCCGAGUCGCCGUCGAUGAGCUCCCCGACGCAGGGACCCAUGGAGUUCGAGUACAUCACACCGUAGAGCCGCUGGGAAGCAAUCAGUCCGCCGGAUAUCCUGUGCCUUCUCGGUUACGCUAACUAUGUGUUCGUCCUCCAAUUCAGAUCAUGUUUUGUGAUUAAAUCUAAACCUACCCCAAAUUAAAGCUACAGUAUGCAAGUUUUAUUUUAAAAAAAAAU